UUGAAAUGGCUGUAUUUAAACCUGGUACACAGCAGUGCUGGAGCAGCAGUGGGAUGGCGCUGCAGAUCAUUCUGCUGGCACUAACAGUCCUCUGGGCUGCAGCACAGACUCCACCAUGCAGAUUACUGGGGAGGGCAGCCAAGCCCAGCUUUUAUCAACAUGGAGACAUCAACAUCGGCGGCGUUUUCGCCUUCCACCAAAUUCCCGGGGAAAUAAGCAACAAAUUUGACACCAAACCUGAGCACCUGAAGUGUUCACGAGUAAUUUUGAGAGAAUUCCGGUUGGCCCAGACCAUGAUCUUUGCCACUGAAGAAAUAAACAACAGAACUGACCUCCUCCCAGGUGUAUCUCUUGGAUAUAAGAUACACGAUUCCUGUGUCUCUCCAAUAUCCGCUACAAGAGCAGCCAUGGCUAUGAUGAAUGAUUAUGAGGAUACAUUGUCUGACACAUCAUGCUCCACACCAGCAGUAGUGCCGGCCAUUAUCGGGACAUCCACUUCUACUGAUGCCAUUGCAAUCGCAGGAACUGUUGGAUUAUUUCAGAUUCCACUGAUCAGUCACUUUUCAACAUGUGCAUGUCUGAGCAACAGAAAAGUAUUCCCCACAUUCUUCAGAACCAUUCCCAGUGACUACUACCAGAGCAGAGCACUGGCUCAGCUGGUGAAACACUUUGGCUGGACCUGGAUAGGAGCAGUAAGAGGUGAUGAUGACUACGGCAACAACGGAAUGGCAACAUUCAUAAAAGCUGCUGAACAGGAAGGGAUCUGCAUUGAGUAUUCAGAGAAAUUUCGCUUAACAGAACCAGAUAAAUUACUUAAGGUUGUGGAUGUUAUCAAAAGAGGUUCUGCAAAGGUAAUUGUAGCAUUUCUUGGUGAGAAUCGAAUGAUCAAAUUAUUGGAGCAGCUGACCAUUCAGAAUAUUACUGGUUUUCAAAUGGUUGGCAGUGAAGGCUGGAUAACAUCAAGCAGUAUAGCAUCACCAAGCAGUUUCAGAACACUGGGAGGAUCUAUUGGCUUUGCUAUCACCCAAGGCAAAAUAAAUGGCUUGCAAGAAUUUAUAUUAAAACUUCAUCCAUCCAAGUACCCUAAUAACACUGAUGUUACAGACUUUUGGGAAGCUGCUUUUCAGUGUAACCUCGGAAAUGGAGACAAAAAGCCAAACGUUACCCCCUGCACUGGAUCUGAGAGCUUGAUUGAAAUGGAAAAUGCAUACACUGAUGCAUCAGAGCUGAGAAUAUCCAACAAUGUUUACAAAGCAGUAUACGCUGUUGCUCAUUCUCUACAUGACCUGCUGGCAUGUACACCCCAUCAAGGCUGCACAAACAGUGUGAAUACAGAGCCCUGGCAGGUACUAAGGGCUCUGAAAAACGUCAAUUUUACAUUGGGAACUGGAGAAAAGGUCUCUUUUGACAGUAAUGGGGAUCCAGUAGCCAGAUAUGAGGUGGUGAAUUGGCAGCUUGGUCCUGACGGUGCAGUAAAGUUCAGAGUGGUCGGCGACUAUGAUGAUUCUUUACCGUCUGGGCAGCAGUUUGUGAUGAGACCUGUUAGUAUGGUUUGGGCAGGUGGGCAAAAAGAGAAACCCAGGUCAGUGUGCAGUGAGAGCUGCCCCCCAGGCACCCGGAAGGCUGUGCAGAGAGGAAGGCAUGUCUGCUGCUAUGACUGUGUGCCCUGCGCUGAGGGAGAAAUCAGCAAUGUCACAGAUUCUAAUGACUGUAUUCAUUGUAUGGAAGAAUACUGGCCUAAUGCUAAAAGAGAUCGAUGUGUUUCAAAGGUUGUCGAAUUUCUGUCAUUUCACGAAAUUAUGGGAAUCGUGCUUGUUAUUUUUUCCAUAUUUGGAGCAUGUGUAACUGUACUUGUGGCUGUGCUGUUCUUUAUAAAAAAGGACACACCCAUUGUGAAAGCCAACAACUCAGAGCUGAGCUUCCUGCUGCUUUUUUCAGUGAAACUGUGUUUCCUUUGCUCUCUUACCUUCAUCGGCCGGCCCUCUGAGUGGUCCUGUAUGCUGCGCCACACUGCGUUUGGGAUCACCUUUGUCCUCUGCAUCUCCUGUGUUCUGGGGAAAACAAUAGUGGUGUUAAUGGCCUUCAGGGCUACACUUCCAGGCAGUAAUGUCAUGAAGUGGUUUGGGCCUCUGCAGCAGAGACUGAGUGUUCUUGCUUUCACUCUCAUACAGGUCCUUAUUUGUGUGCUUUGGUUAACAAUAUCCCCUCCAUUCCCCAACAAGAACAUGAAGCACUACAAAGAAAAGAUCAUUCUAGAAUGUGAUGUAGGAUCAGCAGUGGGGUUCUGGGCUGUGCUGGGUUAUAUUGGGCUCCUCUCUAUAUUGUGCUUUGUUUUAGCUUUUCUAGCUCGUAAGCUCCCUGACAACUUCAAUGAAGCCAAGUACAUCACAUUCAGCAUGCUCAUAUUCUGUGCAGUCUGGAUCACCUUCAUACCAGCUUAUGUCAGCUCACCUGGAAAGUUCACUGUAGCUGUGGAAAUAUUUGCAAUUUUAGCAUCUAGUUUUGGCUUGCUGUUCUGUAUCUUUCUUCCAAAAUGUUAUAUCAUUUUAUUCAGACCUGAGCAAAAUACUAGAAAACAUAUAAUGGGUAAAACAGAUGUGAAAUCUCAGUGAUUGCCCGCACUAUUUUAUACCCAAGAGAACUGUAUAGGAUACUGGACAAUAGAGUCAUCUGUCAAAUAAGAAUGCAAUGUCUUAACUUACAUGAGGUUCACAAGAAAUAUAUAUUUGAAAGUAAUGUUCCUGAAUCCAUUUUCACUAAAGGAACUUCACCAAACUUGUGGCUCACUUAUUUUCAACAUUACAACUUGUUCAUUGAAUUGUGGAAAAAACACAAUUAAUUCAUCACAUAAUUUGCAGUGAAAUGACACAUUCUUGCACCAAAUACUGAUACAAUUAAAAUGUUUAAGGAAUAUACCAUGACAAUCUGUCGUUUCUUAUAAGCCGCUUUAAUUCACAGCCUUAUAAAAUGUUU